AUGCUGGAAAUCUUCAACAGGCAUCGCGGCGACGCCGUGGUGAUACCCGGCCGGGGUGGCCGGUAUUGGGUCGAACUGAGCGACCAGCCCAACCGUGACCUCCCUCUCGGCGACCCCGCCAUGGGCGGCCAUGCCUCCUUUGCCCUGGGCCUCGCCCUCGCCAUCCCGGACCAGCGCGUGGUGUUGUUCGACUCCGAAGGCGACGUGUUGAUGGGCAUGGGCGCUCUUCCCACAAUCGCUGAGAAGGCGCCGUCCAACCUCUACCAUUUCAUGCUGGACAACGGGGUGUAUGCCACCACCGGCGGUCAACCCGUGCCGAACGCGGAGCAGAUGGAAUAUGAGGUCGUCGCCCAGGGCUGCGGCUAUCCGUCCACCUACGCCAUCGACAACCUGGAAGACUUCGUGAGCCAGAUCGAAGAGAUCCUCAGCCAACCGGGCCCCGUUUUCGUUGCUCUGAAAAUCGACCCCGAAAUUAUCAACGAGCCCAUCAACGCCCGUCCCCAGUGGCAGCGCAAGACCCGCAACCAGUCCGUCGCCGAUAUGCAGGGCGAACUGGGUAUUUCCAUCGGGUGA